GUUGUUCCUCAUAAGGUUGUUGUUCUGUCCUCGGAGAAAUUGAAAGUGUCAAAUCACCCGGAGAUAUAAACUAAACGCAUAUUAGUAACGUUUACAUCUACAAAACAUCUUCAGCAGAAGUGUUAUUUAACAGGUGUUGUACAUUGAGCCUGCUCUGGCUCACUCAUGGUUGAGCUGGAGCCCGUGGAUCGAACCUGACACAAGAUGGCCUGUGUAGAUGAACCUCCAGAGAAGCACUGCUGGGUUUGUUUUGCUACGGAGAAGGAGGAUCGGGCUGCAGAAUGGGUCAGCCCGUGCCGGUGUAAAGGCUGCACCAAGUGGAUCCAUCAGUCUUGCUUACAGCGAUGGCUGGACGAAAAACAGAAAGGAAACAGCGGAGGAGCCGUCAGCUGCCCACAGUGUGGCACCGAAUACCGGAUAGUUUUCCCCAAAAUGGGGCCUUUGGUGUACUUCCUCCAGCAGGUUGACAGAGCUCUGUCCAGGGCCAGUCCGUUUGCCGCUGCUGGAGUUGUGGUGGGCACUGUUUAUUGGUCGGCCGUCACUUACGGUGCCGUCACGGUUAUGCAGGUGGUGGGUCAUAAGAAAGGUCUGGAUGUGAUGGAGCGUGCAGAUCCUCUCUUCCUGCUCAUGGGUUUACCCACCAUCCCCGUCAUGCUGGUACUGGGAAAAAUGAUUCGCUGGGAGGAUUACGUGGUGCGGCUUUGGCAACGACACUCAUCUAAGCUUCAGAUCUUCAGCGGGCUUGUGCCUGGUAUGGGCCGUCCUCUGCCCCGUGUCCCAGCGGAGGGCAGUUACGGAGGAGACCAUCUCUCUGUAUCUCGCACCCUGUGCGGCGCCCUCAUCUUCCCCUCCAUCGCUAAUCUAGUGGGACGCCUCCUGUUCCGCAGGGUCACGUCAAACCUGCAGCGAACCAUCCUGGGUGGCAUUGCCUUCGUGGUGAUCAAGGGAGUACUGAAAGUGUAUUUCAAACAGCAGCAGUACCUCAUCCAGGCCAACAGACACAUCCUGAAUUACCCAGAGCCCGAGGGACGAGCAGACGGCACUUUUGAGGAUGACAACGAAGACAGUAGCAAUGAAUGAAGACGAUGCACUUGAGGAAAUCAACAAAUGCACUGUAGUAUAUAGGAUUCUCUGAAUAAACAAAAAAGAGACAUAUUUACAGAUGUUUAAAGACAUAAUUUUCAGCUUCACUUGGCUCUAAAUCAGCACAAACACGUUAUGUGUUAUUAAAAUGCAAGGAUGACUGAAAUUCUUUCAUCUGUGAGAAACUGUUGGGAGUGUUGAAGUGCCUGUAAUAGCAAAACACACACGUAGAUGGCGCCAAUGCAAAGCUGGUACCUGCACUGUGCACUGAUAUCUCUGAUGAAGACAUUGUCAUUGAGGCUGUAAAUGUACCAGCAGAAUCAUGUAAACAUUUUGAGAAUGAGUUCAUUGAUUCUGACUGAAAAUAAUAAGCACUGGCUCUUUAAAGGCAAUGACAAAUAAAGGAUAAUAAACUCAGAAACUUGAUGGUGGUUUACAGUAACUUUUUCAACCUGCAAAG